GUUCAGUAAAAUGGCGGCUUCAAUAUGAGAUUGAGAGGAGGUGAGUUGAAGUUUCAGAUCGGAGAAUGACGACUGAAAAAUAAUAGCCAAACAAUAUGGCGGACGACCGUGAGAUUUUACGAGAAGUUUGGGAAGGACGUAUCCCGAUCUGCUUCAACCUUGCAAGUGAUGAGGUCACAUCUGAACAACCGGACCCUUUUUUUCUGCUGAUUUCAAGGCAAACAUACAUUACGCUCGUAACGGACAAAGUCCAGAAACAUUUCAAGAAGUUUACAGAUGAGACGGAGGAAGAUGAGAUGUGGUUUGACUAUGAAGGGCAGUCCCUCAAGUGGCAUUAUCCUGUAGGAGUGUUGUUUGAUCUGUAUGCUCAUGGGACAGCAAUGCCUUGGAAUGUUACGGUUCACUUCAAAACCUUCCCAGAAGAGGACAUACUUCACUGUAAAAGCAAAGAAGUGGUCGAGGCUCACUACAUGUCAUGUCUCAAAGAGGCAGAUGUCUUAAAACAUCGGAGUCACGUCAUCAACAACAUGCAGAAGAAAGAUCACAAACAACUCUGGACUGGCUUGCAAAACGAUAAAUUUGACCAGUUUUGGACUACAAACCGCCGUCUUAUGGAGAGGUUAAACGAUGAACCUUUCAAGUAUGUCCCAUUCAAAAUCUACCAGCCACAAGUUACAUAUAUUCAGAAAUUGUUCCGGCCAGUAACGGAGCAGGGAGAACCACUCGUCUUAAAACACCUUCUGGGGGAAGCGAUUCCAGAGAGUUUCAGCGGAACAGAUGGAGGUAAAACCAAGGUCUUAAUACAAGGGAUUGAGUCACCAUUGGACACCCCGGUACAAUGGCUCAGUGAGCACCUUAGUCAUCCAGACAACUUCCUUCAUAUCUGCAUAGUCCCCGCAACUGUCUCCAGUCAUGAAAUGUGAACUUCUAACGUAUGAGAGCUCAACAUGAAUUGCUUCUCUUCAUCCAGGAGUCAAUGGGCUAGCAAAGGCUCCAUACUGCACCGGGAGCCGAGGAAAUUCUGAGAAUGAACUGACCCGAUGACAUGGGUAGUAUCUUGUACAGGUACACUAUGUGGUAUUUAUACUAAUUAUAAAUGCAUUGUUAACUGUAAUACUUGUGCUUUCAGAUUUAUUUUUUUUUUAAAGAAGGGACAUCUUUGGUUACAAUCUUGGCCUAGGAAGUUGUGCUUACUGGAUUGUGUUCUAAGCAAUAAUUAGCCGGGGACCAUAUCCGAUUAGGUCAGUAAUAUCCUGCUAAGCAACUUAUUUUGUGCUUAACCAGUUGUGUGCUUUUAGUGAAAUUUGGUACCUGGUUCAAAUAUAACCACUCUUUAACUCUUUUUCGUUUAUGAGUUCCAAGUAAUCACUAAUUAUCGUCAAAUUUUCCAGUUUUCGCAUCUUGGAAGUUUAGACUGCAAUGUUCCUAAAAUCAAUGAUGUUCCUUCUUCGUGAAUUGCAAUUUAUUUAUCACUUUUAUGAACCAAAAUUGUUUUUUGUAAACUUGUUAUUCCUGAGAGAAGUGGAGUUUGUGUAUGAAACUCUAGCGUUAGUUUGUAAAUAAUUCUUACACUGGUCUCUGUAGACCCAUGUGGAUUGUGCAGCUUACUUGACUGGAAUCCCUUUGUAAAUUGUAACCUUAAAGCUUUUAAAAGCAGCAUCGAGUAGUGCUUAGCAGAUUUCUUUGCUAAGCAAAAAUUAGUGGGGCACCAGUUGCAGCAACAAUGUCAACACUGUGGAAUUUUGGCUGGUAACCAGUUUCUGUGCUUACCAUUCAGGCAAGUGAUUCCUCAGGUUUUUCCUUGACUCAGAAUAUUUCUCAACCUCCCUUUGAGUAUUUAAAUUUUCUUGAAAGAAUUAAAGCAGUUAUCAACAGGAGUAGGAGAUAGUUCUCAUAAUGUCCAAACCGGCAGUUUAGGAAUUCUGGUGAUUUCUGGUAAUUUGCAGAGUCUAUAAACCUUUUUGCAAGACACAAACCUUGUUGAAUGAUCAAUCUCGUUGGAACUAAACCCCUUGACAUCAACACUCCACUCCAGUAAUAGUGUUAAGGGGGUUUUGCUUGCUUUCAAACAGCUGUACGAAAUGGGGGUGACCUUUCUCAGACUAGUUAAAGAGUAAAAAACUUUACCCCCCCCCCCACCCCC